AGAAUGUAGCAACUGCGAUUCAGCGAUUGGUGGUUGUGUGGUUCUGUGCCACUCGAUUUUUACGGGCCCAGGUUUGCUGCACUGCGAGUCUGCGAGACCCCGUUCCCGGGGAUGGGGGCCUGGAAGUUUUGAUUUCCCCUUGAUUUCCGGACCAUUUUCGCCGGAAGUUUGCACCUCCAGUUCGAACGAGCCAACGCCAGUCGACCCCAAACUUUCCGGCCAGCGAGCCGAGUCCAGAGCUGACCCAGGGCAGACCGAACUCGCAGCUCCCACCUGACCGAGCGCGCUCCGCUUUCUUUCCUCAGCAGCAACAGCAACAAUACUGCCACAGCUGCUCAAUGCACGCGGCGCCUCGCACCUAUCAGCCAGCCUGCGGUACAUGGGCGCGAACAUCCCAGACGCGCCAGAGCUCACAGCCUCAGGCUCGGCGCCCCCAAAGCGCUCGCGUGGGACGCCGCCCUCCGGGCUAUCGCUGUUGCAGCGCGCGCGUGACGCAGCCCGCCUGGGUAUCCGGAUACGCUCAUCUUUGCGCUGUGGGCGAAGCAGCCACGCAGCCACGCGCCACAGCUCGUGUACUUUCGCGACAGGCUGCUCCCCCAGCUCUGGGGCAGAGACCCUCGCGACACACACAGUUGCGCUUGGCAGCCCCGCGCCUGCUGUGCGGGCAGGCGCCGCAUCUUGUGGCCGUGACCGACCUGGCGAGCUACGAUUCACAGCACCAGCUGCAGCCGGGUUCGCAGCGCAACGCACCCGCGCUGCCGGUGGAUGUGCGGCGCAGCUUCAAUGAGCGGAUGCAGCGGCUGACAGAUGACGCGGAGGCCUGCGCAGACGGCCCAUGCUCGUGCCGCGCACGUCCUGGCCGCCCCACAAGUCACGCGUGGAUCUGCAGCCUGAUACACGGCCUUCCUCGACUUCGGCUGCGGGUUCUUCCAGUACCUGACACGUGACUCGCUGCUGCUGCCCGAUAUGGUUCUGAGCAAGACUGCAAGCGGCGCGCCAGCCAGCUAUCGAAUCAUGGACAAGCCGGUGCACGUGCAGACGCCCAGACGUCCUGCCCGGCGACUUCUCCUGGCUGCCGGACCGCACCCUGGUGGCUUGCGCCGCUCAGAUGGGCGGCAUCCGCUGCACCCGCAACGGCCGCACGCGCAGCAGCUGCGGAGAGGAGUGUCGGCAAAUCAAGCUUGUGGAGGUCUUCAGAACACAGCUGCCGGGCACAGCCGCCGGGCACAGGGGCGGGCCAACGCGGUGGGGUGGCAGACGUAGGUCGCCUGCCUGCUGCGGCAGUUGCUGUUGACUAUGCAGCUGCUCAUCGGGAUCGACCGGCGGCGGCGGCAUCGUGCAACCGCUCUCCUGCCUCCAGCUGGAUGGAAUGGUGGCAUGGCUGGCUGCCUCCCGCCGCGCUGCAGGCCUCACAGCCGCCGCAGCCGCCGCAGCCUACAUACUGUGUCCGCCAGCACGCUCACGUGAGGCGGCGGCGGUGGCGGGCCUGCGCGCGCCGAGUGCGGUGCAUGCUGCGGAUGUGCAGCAUCGGACGCACUCAGCAGCGGCGCGGCCGCAGUGACAAGCCCUCGACGUCCCCAGCAGCAACUCGAAGCGUGCCGGCGCCGCCAUGUGUACAGCCCCACGCCUGGCCGGGAGCAUACUUAGGUAGGCAGCGAAUCGUUGUACAUGCGGUGAGCCACACAUACACCGGUAUCAACGAUUGUAGGCAUUGCGGCUGCUGCUGUGUGCUUGGCGCUGCCGUGAUGCAUAUAAUCCCGCGUGCGUGAGGCGAACCCUGGGAAGGAAUGAAGAACGAUGUGAUCUUGUUGUUGGGUGUUGCCACUGUGGCCAUACCCAUGCAUUGGGCGCGAAGGUGGGUCUUACAGUUGUCUGCUGGAGUGCAUGCUGGGCCGCCGCGAAUGUGUGCGUGCUUGGGCAGCUGCGAACACAACUGUGAGGAUGUGUGGGCGUAUGAGGACCAUACGGUAGCUUGGUGACUGAUGGGUUAAGCGCAUGUUUCAGCUUGUCAAUGCCACGAUUGCUGUUUUGGGCAGUGGAGAGGAUGGCAUGUUACGGCAGGGGAGGCCUGCCCUGGCUCAGGGACAUCGAAGUGAUCGGACAGGAUCGGACGCCCAGUCAGAGUCAGAUGCGGCCUGGCACGGGCUGUAAUGAGUACUAGCGAGCCCAAUCUACUGUUCUAGGAAAUGCCACGUCCUCCUGAUGGCACAUACGAGGAGCCACGGCAUAGGCUGCGCUGCUGGAUGGAUGGGCCUUGUCGGCAAGCAACCCGAGUGUGCCGGCGCUCGCUGCUGCUGUAGCCCUGUAUCUAGGCAAGCUCCGCUGUGGCUGCUACCCCUCGCCGUGUGCAUUUGUCCCAACGCACCGCCACCCUUAUCCCGGGAGCAUCCGAGCCGAGGAGCAUACUAUAAUCUGCAUG